UUGAUUUUCUCCCCCAUGUUUACACGCUUAAAACAAGAAGAGCGCCACUGACAUAAGUAGACAUACGAAUGUUUUUUGUCAAUCCGUAUCUACAAUAACUCCGCUUACUUGCCUUAGAAACAGAUCAAUACCACCCGAAAGUCAUUGUAAAAAAAAAAGAGUGGUUUGAAUCAAAUCAAACUGAGUCAGUACUGAAUCCCCCACAGCGAUGGAAACUCGACUCCUUUCACUGACGACUCAAGUGCUGUACUUAUAAAUCACUCGUCAGAGACCGCAUGCGCAAAAAUUUGCACAUGCCAACAAGUUGUAAAACCCGCGGGCUGAGUGAGCGAAUCGUUUGUUUUGUUGAGUCUGCGACGCAGGAGAGUUGAUUUGAGGCAAGGAGCAGAUCUGUUGCUUUUUCCGCGUGGCUAAUGCACGUACAAAAAUGCAGUUCGAAUAACAGUUGCACAGUAGGUGGUUCACUAUUGUAGUUUAGCUAGCUGUAGCCGGGUGAGUAAAUGAAGGCGUUAACAGACGAAUACCCGUGGCCCCGAAUCGGUAAACAAAACUACUCGUUCGUGACUCGCACAUUUCUUAAUAUACAGAAGACAAGAGAUUGCCAAUAGGAUUGCUGCUCGCCGUCGUCACUGCUACCACACGCAAGUAAUUUAAAAACACACACACACACACGUAUGCCCGUAACAUUUUCAGGUCUGGUUUGCUUGUUCGGCUGAAGCGGAAGUGUAUCGGUUGCCUAGCAACCUUCGUGUUUCACGCUGCUGAGGUGCCAGCCGUGAAAGCCCAAUAAAGCGUCAAGCUUCAGGAGACGGGUUAGCAGGUGGCGGCGUAAGAAUGGAGCAGCAGGAUGGAAAUGAGCAAGCAGCAAAUGCGUCCUCUCCUCCACGGGAUGUGACUGGAUCAGAACCUGUAGGACAUGGUGAUGAAGAUUCCGCAUCAAUCAGACAUUCCGAGCAGCAGAAUGCAGCUCACCCUUUGGACCUGUCAGAGGACAUGGAGGAAGACAAGCUGAUGAUGGAGGAGCAUGAGGAGGAACUCAUUAUUCUUGAUGCUGAACAUCCUCUUGUCGCGAAGAAGCAAGCUGCACUCAAGGAUCAACUCACCAAAGAACUGGAGCGGCUCAACCUGGAUCUCAAGAGAGAGCUGGCAGCUGAGACGGCAGAAUCGAGCCAAACAGAGGACAUAUAUGUGGAGUUGUUCCGGGAACAGGAUAUGCUAAAAAGACUCCAGACAACGCUGGAGGGUCAACAGCAGACCAAGAUCUUGGCUGCAAGCAAACAUCGGCAGGUGCAAGAUCAACUGGAGGCAAUGAAGGCUUGUCAUUGCAGCACUACGAGCCAGUGUAAGAAGACCAGGGCCACUGUGUCCAACCUGCAGACAGAGCUGGACAGACUGAUGCCGCUCCUCAUCUACACACAAGAAGCCAGUGAAGAUCUGCAUUCCAAUGUAAAAGCCAUGGAGAAUGUCACAAGCAAGGCAAGGGCUAAGAGGUCUCAAGUUGAAGAGCAGAAACUUCAACAGGAUAUGUAUGUGGAGCGCCUUACCAAGGACUUGGAUCGACUAAGACAACAGAAGGACAUGUGUGAUGUUCAGAGAAAAGCCCAGGAAGAGACAACACAUGCAACCAAAGAGGCUCUCUCUGAGGCUGAAAUUCAAAUCGAGUCGCUGGCGAUGUCCCAGAAACAGCUGCUGCAGCAGUGGAAGAAGAGCUUGGUGGAUUUGAGGAGACGAGAUGAAGACUUCCGAGCGAUGCAGGAGGCUGUUCGCAUGGCCGAGCGUCAAGUGAUCGUGCUGGACAGAGAGAUUGAUGGCAACAAGAAAUCCAUCUCCGAGCUGCAGGAGAAGAGCGAGACCCUGACCAUGCUGCUCAACUGCGCCCAGAUGGACUGUGAUGUCUCCCAAAAGAUGAUCAGUCAGAAUCAAUCCCGACAUGAAGCUCUGCAGGCCCAAUCCAGCACCUACAUCCGUGCUCUCGGCGAGACAGAGCGCACCCUUGCAGAGCUCACUAAGGAGGACAACAGUCUUCACGUUGAGGUGACUGACCAGAGGCGAAAGCUGGAGAAGAACAAAGAUAAGCACCUGCAGUUAGAGGACCAGAUUAUGACCCAAAUGCUUCAGAAGCUCAUGGACAGCAAGGCUGCUCAGUACUAUCAGCAUCUUACCAACAAGAAAGCCUCUCUCAAGACAGAGAAGGUGUACCAGCUGUGGCAUUUGGAGAGUGAUGUAAUGGCGGCGACAUUGGAGAGCAACGUGAUCAAUGACAAACUGGAAAACUUGGCCCGGACACUCAAGGAGCUCGAUGAGGAGAUUACUAAGUGCAACAAGGUGGUCACAUCCAACCAGGCUAAGAGUUCCUCUAUUGAUAUACUCAUUGCACAGAAACAGACCACCAUCGUGAACUACAACAAAAAAAUGUAUCUCAUUGCGGUUCGCACUGGGCAUGAAGACCUCAGUCCUCUGCAAAUUAAGGUAGAGGGAAUAAAGUCUGAGGUUGAGAAAUUAUCGGAGAAAAUCAAGAAUGAUCAGCAGCUGUGGCUGAAGCACCAAGGAACGCUUGUAGGGCUAACCCUAGAGAUACAGGCACACACCGAGGAAUACAACAAACUGCAGGCAAAGUUCACAGUGAUCCGUCAGAAGAAGGUUUACCUGCAGUGUCAGCUGGAUGUCUUGCACCGUGAGGAGAGUGACGUGGAGAAGAGCAAGAAGAUGCUUCAAAGAGACCUGCUGAAGCUCAACACUCUUCUUAGCAAGAACGCUGAGCUGCGCCACGCUUUGGAGCAGGAGAACUCUGCCAUGCAGACCGACUUCCUUCACAAGCUCAAGGAUGCAGAGCGGGAGUCCAUAGAGAUGGAGGUGAAACUGGAGAAGACUCAGGAGGAAAAAGAGAAUCUCAUCAGCGGUCUGGCGGAGGCUGAGCGUCAGAUCAUGCUGUGGGAAAAGAAGACCCGUCUUAUGAAAGAAACACGUUUAGUUGUGGAGGAGAGUCAGGGAGACAUCCAGAUAAUGAGGAACGACAUUCACUGCAUGGAGCGGCAACUCAGCCAGCUGAUGAAGCAGCGAGAGCAGCUCCUCAGAGAGAGUGUAGCAGUGGUGGAAAAGAGGGGAAACAUCACUGAGCGCAAUGAGGCCCUGGCCCGCAGCGCUAAAAAGCAAAUGACCAAGGGCAAGCUAAGUCUCAUAAAUGAAGGCUUGCAGCGCAAAGUCAAGGAAACACAUAAGCUGGUGAAAGCGUGUGACCAGGAAAUAAAGGGGCUGCAGGAGAGCCAGGUGACUCUGGGCAACACACUCGCACAGCACCGACAGCAACUGACUGACCUGUCUGGCACCUGUGCUGCCCUCGAGACUGAUCUCACAAAUAUCCAGGACACCAAAGACAUGGCUCAAGCCCAUCUGAUUGAAUUUCAGAAAAAGGCCAGAAAGCUCCAAGAGGUGACUGAUGGCAAGUACCAACCCUCAUGCUCCAGUCAGUCAGUGGAAGCAGCUAUGCAGAGCCACAUGGAGCGCGCGCACGCCAUUAGCACCGUUAUUCACAGUGUGUGUGAGGCCUUCCCUGAUAAGAAAGCAGCUCUUCGAGCUCUGUCGCUUUCACUGGCAGCCGGGACACAGACCCUCCUGAAGCAGGAAGCAAUCUGCCAGUGAGAAGGACAUGAAAGAUACCACAGAAUCUUUGCAAGAACCAGAAUGGCAAUUGUUUUGUAUUGUGUGCAUUUUGGUAAGAGACAAGAGACAAGAACUGAUACUUUUGACACCAAUAUCAACACGCAAAAAACACAUCGUAGGUAUCGUGUGCAUCGACUAUACAACUUUGCCAUCAGCGAGCCAUGUCAAUUCAUGGGCAGUAUGAGCACUGAGGCAACUCGGCGGCAGUGUUGCCAGGUCUGCUUAUUAUGAGCAACUUUAAAUUGAAAUUCAGUUUCUGUAUGAUUCAGAUUCUUUUCUUAAAUGGUUUAAUUUGCACAUUUCCUAAUCAAAUACGGUACAGGGCUGACGCCUAAGAUGAAGCUGCCGCCAGCAUCUCUUCUUGGCUUCGUGCGCAAGCCGUUCUUACCGUCCGAGUGCGCCGAGUUGGAUCAUGGCGCAUGCUUGUUAGUCAGCGAUCGUCAAUAAUGUAAUGUAGCAGAAACCUUUAUUAUACACCAAGACUUUCUACAGACGGGGUGUUCAAACUUUUUCCAGGGAGACGUCACAUAGUGAAAACUGAAAGGAUGCAUAAUUUGUAAAAACUGCUUGUCAGCUUUGUGAUAUUGGUGAAAAAGCCUGUUGUUAGUAUCAACUUGUCUUUUUUCACUUUGGACACCCGUUCUAUAGUGUAAUGGUUUUCAUGUGUGACAUUAUUGCUAAUUGGGACAGUACAUAAAUGUCAUACGUGGGGGCGGCUACAGUACUCUCCUUGUCCGGACCGGAUGGGGGUGUGCUUGAAUGCUUGUCACUGCCGUCCAAUCAUUUUUUGGGGGGCGGGGGUUUACCAGCAGCAGCACCGGCUGGAGAGCAGCAAGUCAAAUGCAUUAAAGAUAUGUUAUGCUCUGCUGAGUGAAUUAAACUGCCAUUAGUGUCAACUGCUGUCUUUUUCCCCCUAUUUUUGCAAAAUGACAACUUUGUUUUGUUUGUUUCUUAUAAUAUUUUGACUUUUUUUCUAAACUAAAAUUUGAUUUUUCCAAUAUUACAAAUUUAUUCUCCAAAAAUUGCAACUUUUUUCUUGUUAGAA